CAUUUCAAGAUUGAGGUCAAUUGAGGUUAGGUUUUUAAAGAUCGCUAAUAUUUGAAUCUCACAAUGUUGGAGUUUGAAAAGGAGAUUUUUUCGAAUAUAAUCGAAAAAGAUGGUUUAGUUAUAACGGCUAAGGGUUUAACCAUGGAUAAUAUUUUAGUUAAUCUUAUAAAGGUGUACAGCGAUCCAGGUAAUUUAGUAUUAGUAUUAAAUAGUUCCGAAUUUGAAGAAAAAUAUUUAAUGGAAAAAAUGAAAGACAAUGCUAACAUUCAUCGAAUACAAUGUACAAUGUCUAUCGUCGAAAGAAAAGAUACUUAUUUAUCUGGAGGAGUACAAUUUGUCACUACAAGAAUGCUCGUUGUUGAUAUGCUCAAAAAUCAAAUACCCAUCGAUAAAAUAACAGGAUUUAUUGUGCUUCGAGCACAUUCUGUUUUAGAAAGUUGUCAAGAAGCUUUCGUUUUGAGAUUAUUCCGACAAAAUAACAAAAUCGGAUUUAUUAAAGCGUUUUCUAAUUCACCUCAAAGUUUCACAGUUGGUUUUAAUCAAGUUGAACGCAUAAUGCGGUCAUUAUUUGUUAAAGAGUUAUAUUUAUGGCCUAGGUUUCAUAAUUCUGUUAUAAAAACACUGAAACAAUGUGAACCCCAAGUUAUAGAGUUGCAUAUACCCAUUUCUGAUACAAUGUCUAAAAUACAAACUUGCAUUUUGGAUUUGAUGAAUUUAACUGUACAGGAAAUAAAAAGAAUUAAUAAAACUUUGGAAAUGCAGGAAAUCACAGUUGAAAAUUGUUUAACAAAAAAUUUCCAUAAAAUAUUACAGAGCCAAUUGGAUUGCAUUUGGCAUCAAUUAAGUAGAAAAAGUAAACAAUUAGUUGCUGAUUUAUCAACAUUACGUCACUUAAUCACAACCAUGUUGUAUGCAGAUCCAGUUACUUUUUACAAAUAUUUAUUAGAUUAUCGUAGCAUUGAAUAUGCUCAAACUGCAAACUGGGUUUUGCUAGAACCAGCUGAAAUAUUAUUUAAAACGGCGGAGAGUUUGGUUUUUAACAGAAACAAAGAGUUAAAUCCGGAAUUAUGUCCCAAAUGGAAACCACUUUUGGAAGUGUUAAAGGUUGAAAUACCAAAUCAUGCUUUUAAAACCACAUCUAACGAUAAUAAAGUAUUGAUUUUGUGUCAAGAUGUGAAAACUUGCCAUCAAUUAAAUCAAUUCUUAACAAUCGGUUCACAUAAAUAUUUAUUUCUAACUACAUUAAAGCACCAUAUUAAUUUUAAAACGGUCAGUAAAACUUUUAGUUCUUGUGAAGCUUUGAAGGAGAAAUAUUCACAAAAUGGAAAUUGCACAAAAGAAACGAAACAAAAAACGAAUCUAACUAAAAAUAAAAAAUCUUAUCCUAUUUCGAAGAAAUUAAAACCAAACUCCGAAUCUGAUCAACAAGAAAAAGAAACUGAUUUAUUAGAAGAUGAAGAUUUUAGAAACUCGUAUUUACUUACAAUGUCUCAAACAGUUUGUGAUGUUACUAAAGAUGAUUUAAAUGCAUCUACAGUUGGUGAAUACGUUUUUGAACCAUGCGAAGAAAUGGAUAAUUUAGAUUUAACACGUUUAUGCAUGGAUAAACCAACUAUUGUUAUUCAAACAUUUAAAUCCGAUAAUUGUUUAUCACUUCAAAAAACUUUAGAAGAACUUCAACCAAAUUACAUUAUCAUGUAUCAUAGUAAUAUGACUGCAAUCCGACAAAUAGAAAUGUAUGAAGCCAGAAGAGAUCGAACCAAAUCAUUAAUAAUUUAUUUUUUAAUACACACAGGAACGGUUGAAGAACAAAGUUAUUUAACUACGUUACGACGUGAAAAAGAAGCAUUUGAAUUUUUAAUUGAAACGAAAUCUACGAUGGUUGUACCUGAAGAUCAGGAUGGGAAAACGGACAUUUGUCUUGCUUUACAAAGAGAAACUAAAGAAGAAAUAAUUAAUACAAGAAAAGGUGGCGGUCAAAUUGUGGCUGAUGAAAAACAAUUUGUUAUUGUUGAUAUUAGAGAGUUUAGAAGUGAAUUACCACCGUUAAUACAUAAAAGAGGAAUUGAAAUAACACCAGUGCAAAUUACAGUUGGUGAUUAUAUUUUAACACCAGAAAUAUGUGUUGAAAGAAAAAGUAUUUCCGAUCUGAUAGGUUCGUUAAAUUCAGGAAGAUUAUACCAACAAUGCAUACAAAUGAGUCGGUAUUAUACAAAACCAAUGUUACUCAUUGAAUUUGAUCAAAACAAACCAUUUUUAUUCCAAAAUACUUAUUUUCUUUCAUCCGAUAGUAACAGUUUCGACAUUCAACAAAAACUUCUUUUGCUAACGUUACAUUUCCCCAAAUUAAAAAUAAUUUGGAGUCCGAGCCCUUACGCUUCCGCUCAAUUAUUCGAAGAAUUAAAACAAGGUAAAGAACAACCAAAUAUUGAGUAUGCGUCAAAAAUUGGGGGGGAAGCUGAUGUUGGAACAAUCGAAAGUAAAUAUAAUUCGACUAUUUAUGAUUUUGUACAAAAACUACCUGGGAUUACCUCUAAAAAUAUCGAUGGGUUUUUACGAAAUGUGGGUAAUAUGAGUAAUGCAACAAAAAAAACGGAAGAUGAAUUAAAAGAUAUUUUAGGAAAUGCCAACGACGCUAAAGCCUUUUAUUCGAUAUUGCAUGAGGAACAUGCACCAAAAGAGAACGUUGAUGAACGAAAAGGUAAAAAACAUGUCACAAAUAAAUUUAAAUUUACAAAAUCAAAGAAAACUGAGAAAAAAACUUGUUAAUA